AUGGCCACAUAUUUCGAUCUUAUUGCUCGACCGAAUGACCCUAUUAAAUCGAAAACGACAGGUAAGUUUCUUAAAUUAUCAAAUUCAUCAAAUGAUUUGAAAGUGCCUAAUGAUUGGGUUGUUAAAUCAGGUGAUGUACUUCCAUGCAGUGAUUAUCGAACAACAGAUACUUAUUUUAUUACACAUGACAAUACACUUUUAAAAAACCCAGAUACAUCUGCUGCUGGUUAUUUAACAAUUCCAUUUUCCAUUAGUUCAUUAGUUCUUGAUACUGUUAUAUUAUUAUUCUUCUCACCUAAAGAUUUGCUUUUUGUUUCACAUUUUUCAAAAGAACCUCUUCCAAAAUCAAUUAUAAAUCGUAAUGAUAUAUCAUAUUCAUUUGAUCCAAAUGAUAAGAUACACUAUGUUAUGAUAUCAUCCAGUUCUAAUCAAUGUCAAGAUUUUUCAUUGAAUACAACUAAAACGAAUGAUAUUAUUAAUUGGAUUUUAAUAUCAAAUGAAUCAAAAAUUAAAUUUAAUGUUAAAUUUAAUUUCGAAGGUAAGGAAAUAUGUAAUAAAGUUCCUCAAGGUAUCAUUACUGAAUUACCUAUUGGAUGGCAAUGUGAACAAAAAGGUGUUUUAAUAUAUACUGAAGAUAAAAUUCAAGGUGAAUCAAUAGGUGAAGGACCAGAAAAAACAAAGAUAAUGCGCGAACAGCUAUUGAACAUUUUUAUAAUGGAUUAA